UAUAGAUAGCACAGUAAAAAUAACGCCUUGAGAAUUUUUUAUCUUGAGUUGUCGAUAUCUGUGUCCUUAUAAAAUGUCUGAAGUUUCCGAAUUUGGAUCUAAAUUCAACAACAAGGUAAAAGAAUUGAUUGAAGAAGAAAAUGACAGAGAAUUAUUGUUUGCAUCAUUGCGCAGUUACCAGUCAGAGCUGGUAUUGGAGACACUGUUGGCUGAUUUACGCAGACUAUUUAAUGAUCCAACAAAGUUAGAACUUUACGAACAUAUCAGACCACUGAUAUUGUUAAAACAUCAAAUAGAAUACAGUCGUACGACUCCCAACAUGCCAGGUGUUAAAUUACGAGUUGUACGAUUACAACGGCAACCAGGAGAAAGUCUAGGAUUCGCUGUGAGGGGAGGUUUUGAACACGGUGUGGGUGUGUUCGUAUCAGAUGUCCAACCAAAUUCUCAAGCUCAAAAACGUGGACUAAAGAUUGGUGAUGAAAUAGUCCGCGUAAAUGGGUUCACCAUCUCGGAAGCCAUACAUGAAGAUGUACUAAACCUUAUUAAAUCUCGUGAAGAGAUCGUUCUCAAGGUCACACACAUUGGCAUGUUACCUAAUAAGGAGACACCUAAUGAAAACGUAACAUGGUCUUAUGUGGAGAAAAUGGAUUCGUCCAAGGCACUGCAAGAGGUAUUGGAUGGUGCUGGAAAUAAAAACCGUAACCAAGGUAAUGAGUUGAAGAUAUUCAUCAACACAUCUGGAGCCAGCAGUAUUGGAUGUGGUAUUUUAAGUGGACCAAAUCAUUUUCCUGGUAUAUUCAUUGAGAAAGUGAAGCCAGAUAGUUUAGCAGAGGAAGCUGGUCUAGAAGUAGGAGAUCAAAUUGUAGAGGUCAAUGGAACACCCUUUCAAGGAAUUAGCCAUAAAGAGGCUGUUGUAACAUUGAAAGGAAGUCAUCAGUUAGAUAUGGUUAUCAGGAAAAACAUUGGCACAGUAUUGUUUGAAAAAUCUUGCAGACAGACUCAACAACAACCGUUAAAAAUUGCAGAAUCGACUGCCCCUGAUAAUAAUGAGGCUGUAGAAAGGUAUACUUGUUUUGAGGAGGGUCUGGUUAUAGCACACGAUAUUGGCACCUAUUAGAUUAGAUCACAAGUUUUUCACUGAAUGUUGUCACUAGGGCUCUCAUUUCAUUGGUUGGAGAAUCUACCUGUCAGUCCAUAAAAUUGUGCGUUUCAAAUAAUUUAACUUUUAGAUGCAAUUAAUAUACUUAAACUUAUAGUAUUUAUGUGUAUAAAUUGGAUACUUAAUGCAUAAAAUGAUCUUGCUAAUCUAGAAGAUAAAUGAAAUUUGACCAGCUGUUAAGUAUGAAUUGAGAGCUCUGUAUCUAGCACUAUAUCUUUAGAGGGCUAGAUCUAUUUGUUAAGGCCAACUCAAUUUUUGUCAAGGUCGCUGAGAUGUAAAUAACAUGGUUGUUGGCGAGAUUGUAGGUUAGGGCUAGGUCCAGGGUUAGGUUGAAGUUGGCCUUAUCAAAUAGAUCUAACCAUCUUUAGAGGCACCAUGUCUAAUUGUUAUAGAAAUAAAUAGCCAAAAGAAUCCUUAGGUGGUAUCAAUCAGUGAAAUGAUUGGAAUUUCACACUGACAGGAUUGCUAUUCUAGUGAAUAUUAUGGUUUAGGAUUCGUUACUUGUUUACUACUAGGAGCCCCGGUAGGUCAGUGAGUAACGCAUUGUCCUGCCUUAUAAAUAGUUAUUGGAUGUAAAAGACAUGUUUUCUACAAAAAAAUUCUCUUCUCAUAUAGAUUAUUUUCAACAUAGUGAUGACAAUUACACAUGGAAACUGUUAAAAAGCUUUUGAUUGAACAAUUGCAUGAUUUUUAGGUGAAAGAAUUUUAAUAGAUUUCUUAAUUUCUUGGUCUGAAAAUUCAGUUCAAUUCUUAGUGAAAGACACCAAUUUAUGGAAAUGAUUGAUUUUAGAUUUUAAUUAAUUAAAUUCAGAUCUACUUUUGUGUUAUUUAUCUACUGCUAUUUGUAAAUAUGGCUUUUAGACAACACUGUUCUAACAAAUAGUGCUGUUUAAUCCUGUGAACUUGUUUUGAUCAUAAUUGCCGGUCUUAAUUACAGACUGUCAAAACUUGGCAGAGAAUAAUCGAAGAAUUAAAAGUGGACCCUCCCCGUAAUCAGUUCAUGUGACAAACCGGGCUACUUAAAAUAGAUAUUUAAAGCAUGGGGUUGUUUUAUGCUGAUAAAAUUGUUUUAAAGAUGAAUUAGUUUGAAUGUGGUUUUAGACCACCUAAAACAUCAAAUCAUAUGGUUUGUACGUGGGAAGGCAUCUUUAAUGAAUGAUUUAUAAUGUUAAAUCUUGACAAACAAUUUCCUGCUUAAAGAAAUAAGUUCCCAGGUUUAAACAGUAUUUUACUAAUAAAUCACAGCUUUUUUAUUUUUUCACUAAAAUUCUGUUUUAUUGCUUUACUAAAAUUCUGUUUGAUCACUUUACUAAAAUUCUGUUUUGUCACUUUACACUUUAAUAAAAUUCUGUUUGAUCACUUUACUAAAAUUCUGUUUUGUCACUUUACACUUUACUAAAAUUCUGUUUGAUCACUUUACUAAGAUUCUGUUUUGUCACUUUACUAAAAUUCUGUUUGAUCACUUUACUAAAAUUCUAUUGUGUCACUUUACAAUUUACUUAAAUUUGGUUUUAUCACUUUCAGUCACCUGGUGUCUUUAUUGUUUUAUUUAUUUAUUUAUUAAUCUUUCUGUGAUAAAUAAAUCUCCUUACAAUUUGUUUUUGUUUUUCUUUAUGUAUCUUUCUUACCCUUCCCUUUAGUUUUUCUUCAAUCUGUUUAAAAAGAUUGUAUCCAGCACUGUAUCAUCGACACACUCUCUAUGAAAAUAUGGUCUGGUAAUGUUGGUUUUAGAGUCAUUAAUUGACAAAGACUACUAUACCAAAUGUUUGGUAUGCCAUGCGUGUGCCCAUAUCUAAAUGUCAAGAGUUGUUGAUUAUUAAUUGAAAAAAAAAAGAUUAAAAAUUCAGCUAGAAAAUAAAUCUUUCUUUUAAAAACUGUUAACAGAAUGAAUAAAAUAUUUUUAUCUUAGUAAUAUUUGACCAUCCAAUAUUUUACUCCAGCAAGUAAAAGUUAUCAACAUUGUUUUGUUUAAAUUUCAAAUGGAGGUGGAAGAGCACAAAAUAUAAUUCAUUUAAAUUUGAAAACCAAUGAAAAGGAGCAUUGGAUUCAAAAUUAUCGUAUCUCCACAGUUUAAAGUGUGAUACGUAAAUGUUGCGAGGCCAUUUCGAUGGGAUGGCAAACCAAGAUCCACUCAUGUACACAUUAGAAUAUGUGUAAAACAACCCUUCCGUUGCCUCCCUACCCCCCACCAUCGCACAACUGACCAUAGAAUUUCCAUUUUCUUUCUGUACAUGCAUUAUAUUGCAUACAUACUUUUGUUUCAGACUGCGAAAUUAUUUUGUUUUGGAAAUAAAUUAGAAAAAUUGAUUUUUGUAUACCCACAUGGAAAUGUGGUCUUAUAUUGCAGUCAUCCCUUUCAUUUACUGCAUCUGUGCAUCUAUCCACUGUCAACUGUUUCUUGUGAACACUCUACAGUCUACAAACUACAUUUAUCAACUGAUCUUGUUUUUUACAUUAUUGAGACGAAGAACACUUUGGAAUUUCAGCGAUUUCGGAUAAUCGCUUCCAGAGUUAUUUUCCUUGAUCACUUUGUAGAGUCUUGUUAAUACCCUAACAAUAAUAGUUAUCAUCAGAUCUAUUUGAAAGUUAUAGGCAUUAUUCCAAAUGGUGAAACAAUAUGGCUCUGGUUUAACUUUGGUGAAUCGUUUGAAUACUAACGAGUUAAGGCCCAUGCUCAAUUCUGUAGCACCAAAUGUCAUCAUAUGUUUUACUUAUAUUUAUGUUUAUUGUUCUGAUUAUUGUGAGGAAUAACAAUACACAUAAUCCAGAAUGACGUCAAAUGUAUUUUUUCAAAAGGAAAGUCACUUGACGGAGAACAAACACGAAGUUUGCCAUUGUUAUUAUACUAGGGUCACGACUAAAAUCAGUUAGUAACUAUGUCGACUAAAUGAUGUUCGUGGAGGAACUUGCAAUAGCGAUAGCAGAUACAAACGUAAAGAUUAUAUGAUCAGUGUUACUUUUCAUCCGUUUCCGAAGCUGUCAAUUAACACAGAAUGGUAGACACUUGGUAACAUGACGCGGGCACCCUCAUAACCACCUUCCCGUAAUUGCGAUACGACGGCACCAUUAUGUUUGUUCAAAGGUAGAUAGACUAUUUUAAAACACUAGUAUUUUUAUACACCCACACUGAAAUGUGGUUGUAUAUUGUUAUUGAUAUGUCUGUUUUCUCGUCCGUUGGUCCGGCGUCCACAAUUUCUUGUGGAUGCUCUGAAGGCUAGAGUUAAUAUCUGAUUGCCUUUUUAAAAUUUAUACACAGUGUUUAAGGUCAUGAGACAAAGAAGGCUAUAAGACAAAGAAGUCUAUCUUCUUUUGUGUAGAAAUUUGUAGACCUAACCUUGGUAAGAGUUAAAAAAAAACAUGAUUAUAUUGUUUGGUCAGCAGUGAGACAGAAAGAUGGGCAGGCUACCCUUCUUGUCAGUACAUGCUUGGCCUCAAAACCACACCACUUGCAUUAGACCAGCCAAUCCCUACGGUCAGCAAUGAAAUAAACAGGGCGAUCGGAUACUGUACCAAUGUAUAGCCCUUAAUUAAUUCAAUAUGUAUCAUUUUCCACAUGUUGAAAUCCUAACAUAAAAACAUGCUGACUCUUUAAUUUAAAUCCUUCAUCAACAUAAUUUUAUAUUAAUAUUUGUAGGUAUAGUUCACCAACACUUCCAGACAGAAAUUAUAGGGAUGAUGAAAUAACAUUUUCUGAUGAAUCGAGACACACACAACGUUCAUAUGGAAUAACACCGAGUUCUGAGACCAGCACAUACACAACAGGUUAUAAUACUGGCAGUGAU